UCCAUUCCUGGCUUCGGUUUAUCGAGAGCCCACAAUGGCCCUGGCACUGGCCCUCCAGCUGCUGAUCCUCUGGCCUCUGAGUCACGCAGACCUCAUUCUGUCUGCCUCCUACCCCAAGCCGUGGCUGGAGGCCCAGCCGGCUGCAGUCGUGGCCCCUGGGGUCAACGUGACCUUGAGGUGCCGCGCGCCCCAGCCCGCCUGGAGGUUUGCUCUCUUCAGGGCGGGAGAGGCCGCCCCGCUGCUCCUCCGCGACGUGUCCACGGAGCUGGCCGAGUUCUUCCUGGAGGAGGCGACUCCCGCCCAGGGGGGCAGUUACCGCUGCUGCUACCGCAGGCUAGACUGGGGACCGGGCGUCUGGUCCCAGCCCAGCGAUGUCCUGGAGCUGCUGGUGACAGAUCUGCUGCCGCGGCCAUCGCUGGUGGCGCUGCCCGGGCCGGUGGUGGCGCCCGGAGCCAACGUGAGCCUGCGCUGCACCGGCCGCCUGCCCGGCAUGAGCUUCGCGCUCUACCGCGUGGGCGUGACCCUGCCGUUGCAGUACCGCCACUCGGCGCAGCGCUGGGCAGACUUCCCGCUGCCCGGCGCCCGAGCGCCGGGCACCUACAGCUGCUACUACCACACGCCCUCCGCCCCCUACGUGCUGUCGCCGCGUAGCGAGUCGCUGGUCAUCAGCUCCGAAGACUCCAGCUCCUUGGACUACACCCAGGGGAACCUCAUUCGCCUGGGGCUGGCGGGCUUGGUCCUCCUGUCCCUGGGUGUCCUGGUGGCCUUGGACUGCCGCAGCAAGAGUGCCCUUGAUGGAGUCCUGCCCUAGGGGAACUGGGUGCCGACCUUGGUGAUGUGAGAAGACUUCCUGUAGAGGGGUGGAGACGCUGGGAUCCCUGGAGUUGCCAGCCCCUCCUGGAGCCCCCCAGCCCUCCAGGCACAGCCUAGCUUAGCUCUCCUUCACUAAUGUGUCCUGCACGGUGACUUCCUCCUGGGUCUUCUCCAAGACCUCCUAGUGGAGUGGAAGGUGCUCAGUGAUUGUUUCUAGCCAAAAGUCUUGGGUUCCAAUCGUAGUGCAGGCCUCACUGACUAGGACUUUCAGAAAAGUCACCUGCUCCAAGCUUUGGCUUCUUUUAUUGUAAAAUGGGCACGUUGAUAAUACCACACCAAAAGAUUGUCAUCAGAUUAAGUGAAUAAUUCACCCGCCCACCCCACGAAAGUGCUUAAAAACUGUGGCUGGCCUGUAGUAUAUCCUCAAUAAAU